AUGUUCUCUUUCCGCCCAGUCAACCUCCCGCCCCAUGUGCUACUUACAAGCACCACUGUCAUAGGCCUGGGCCUCUACAUCUCCCUGUUUCGCACCUCGCCCUUAAAGCCCCUUACUGGACGCGACGUCCUCGUGCCAGCCCCUUCUACCAGUCGAAUUGCAGACACCAAUGCCCUCCUCGGCGUCGUAGCUUGUGCAUUGCAGCUGCCGUAUUUCCUGAGCUCGUACAUGCCCAUUGAAAAAAACCAGUGGCUGCACGUCACUGUGCCGAUUCGACUGUUUGUCACCACUGCUUUAGGUGUGAAUGUCCUCUUGCGCGGGCGCCGCAUGAGUGAGGAAGGAUUUUGGGAAUUCCUGGCGCUGAGGGUUACGGAUUUUGUGGGUGCUGUGAUGCUUGGGUGGGAGUUGGGAAGGUUUGAUGGGAUGGUGUCGGGAUUUUAG